AUGGCGGCAACGCUGUAUGUCCAGGCUGCACCUUGUAAUUUCCAAUGGCAAGCGCCAGAGCGCCAAUAUGCCAAUGAAGGUGGACAGUUCACCGUAGACUGUAGCUUUACUGCCAACUACCAGCCUUCCAACUAUUUGUAUGUAAUCGCAUGGAGAAAUCCUUUAGGACUUGCCUUAGAGUUGGUAUUGCAUAACGACAAUAUCAUAGACGAUGCCACACUAGACCAGUGGAACCGUCAAUACACCUUCAUCAAACCAGCCACAGUGCAGCUUUCAGCAGCAACAGCAGCGGAUGCUGGCAACUACACGUGUAGAGUUCGAUUAAUCCUAGGAUGCGAUUCCACUAGCAUACCUGAUAAACAGAUUCAAAUUGUGCUGAGAGUUCCUCCAUCUAAAUCUGUGAUCACACGUUACCAGUCUACAGGAUUUACUGUUAGUGAAGGCGACUAUCCCAGACUGAAGUGUAUGUCAGCUACAGGUACUCCACCGCUUGUAUACACCUGGGGUAGAGGUAGUACUUCACUCACUGGUACACCUGACAGUGCUAACACCUUCAGUAUACUGACCAUACCCAGUAUACAGAGAUCACAACAAGGACCAUAUCAGUGUAGUGUACAGAAUGCAGCAGGAGCCAAUACAUCAGAUAGCGUGACUCUGGAUGUUCAGUAUCCCCCUGGCAGAGCCACCGUGGACGGUGGUCAAUCUAGCACCACUGUGACAGCAGUGGAGGGUCAGCCACAUACUCUAAACUGUGAAUUCACUGAUAAGGGCAAUCCACAGGCUACAUCCUUUGACUGGUAUGUCCACAGUUCCACUGAUUCAAGCAGACAAGCAGCAAGUUACUGGAUAUCUCAGACAGCUCUGACAGACUCUGGCACAUAUCAUUGUAGACCAUCCAAUGCAAUAGGCAGAGCCCCAAGCACAAUACAAAGUAACCCGCAGAACCUGACAGUCAACGAAAGUGAUGUCUCAGUACAGUUGACGUGUGUUGCCCGAGGAAAACCAGUACCAACAGUCACGUGGACACGUGGCAACCAGGAUGUAAACAGUCAGCUAUACACAGUACAGGACACACCACAGUUGAAUGGUGUCACACAAUAUGACACUGUCACCAGUACCUUGACACUGGCUGGACCAGGCCGUACUGGGGACAAGGUGACAAGAACUGACCAUGGCUACUACAGCUGUACAGCCAGUAAUGGUGUGGGAGCUGUCGCAAAGAGUUCUUUCUAUAUCAAUGUACAGUACCGUGCAGAACUACACCCCACAAAAGUAUCAGUGAGAGAAGUGGCUGCAGACAUUGGCUCAGUGGGUCUCUUUACUUUAUAUGUGGUGGGAAAUCCAAAACCAACCAGUUCUACCUGGAUGAGAGUAAAUGGAAGUCUUCCUGCAAAUGCUGUACCAGGACACGAUAUUGAUAAUCAGAUAUCCACAUUAACAAUACCACACCUGGGGGGCGAAGACUUUGGAACGUACACAUGCGUUGUGAAGAAUGCAGCAGGGGAGAGAGGAUUUACAUUCAUUUUAGAAAUGAGAGGGAAACCCGACCCACCCACCGAUAUUUCUGCCCUUAAGGUGUCUGCAGUAUCUGUCACUGUUCAGUGGACAUCAAACAAAAAUGGAGGAUAUGAACAGACAUUUACUAUACAGUAUAAGGCACCUGGUGAAGACUGGCAAUCCAUAACCAACAUAGAAGACCCUGGGUACAAACGGAGACGUAGUUAUAAAGUACAGAAUUUACAAGCUGACACUCAAUAUAGAUUUAGAGUGGAAUCAAGGAAUAAGGAUGGCAGUGGGGGCUAUUCUUAUGAACUUGUAGUGCAGACUAAAUUGGAUGUCAAAAGAAACAUUGCUACAAUCAAAUGGUCCCUUCCUGAAGGAGAAUUCGCAGGUUAUGGAAUACAGUACUGUGUUCAAGGAACAAACCAGUGUGCUUCCCACAAUAUAACCAAUGUAACAGUCACAUCAGCUAAUAUCACAUUGCCUGAUGAUGGUCAUCAGUAUGAGUUCUCUCUGAUUGUGUACCAGGGGGACGAUGCUGUGGUCUCUUCAUUGCUUAUUAAGCAAGAAGCACAAACGGCGCAAGGCAGUUUCCCUGUUGGAGUGGGGGUUGGCGUGAUAACUGCAGUCGUAUUGGUUGCCGUCACCGGUGUUUUUGUAUUCCUGUAUUUCAGCCGAAGAAACCGAAAUCACAAUAACGCAAACAGGAAUGAUGGCAUGGGUCGAGAAAAUGUCACCAAUGAGUUAUCCGUUAUACAGAGUAGAGAGGAAAAUAACCUUUAUGAAAAACCUUACCAAGCUGAAGAAACCCAACCCGCCUACGCUGUUCUUAAAUAUUAA